AUGGCAGCCUGUACAAGUGAUGAGCCUGGGACAAGCAACUGGCUUGUAUCGAGCUUCAAUGAUGAUCCUCAGGAAAAGGGGGCUGCGGAUACCCUAAACCGAGGCCUGGCUGCAAAGAUGGCUGUGGAGAGAUACCGGGAGGAGGAACCUCUCUCCUUACGAGAUCAAUGGAACCUAUUUCUCCAGGAGGCACAUGAAAUGGCCAUAGACUCGGUUCCUGACGACGAGGUGCUUCUAUUAAAACAAAGCCAAAAGCUCUACGCUUCAUGGAACAAAUUCUGCAAGCAAUUACCUGACGAGAAAUCUCAAGAAAUGACCAGCCAGAUCCCCAGUCUUCGAUACUUGUUUCAAACGAUAGAAGCGGCAUCGAAGACUUGGGACGAGGACAAGGACACAAAGAAUUUUGGAAGGAUAAAAAAGACAUUUGCAAAACUGUGUGAUAACAUGAAUGAUCACAAAGCUUUACUCUCUAUAAUCCCUACCAAUGACAAGUACGUAAGCUUAUUGUCGGGUUCUUUGACUGCUAUUGCCCAGGCCUCCAUGAAUCACCAAGAAAUAGCAAAUGGAGUUGCAAACAGCCUGGAGGAACUGAGUGAGGAUAUUGCUUACUGGUCUAGACUCGUGCAGGAUAGCGGCAAUCCCAAGAAGAUAUAUCGCUAUGUUCGAGAGCUCUAUGUGGUUGUAUUCGAGUUCUUGACCGAAAUAUUCAGCAAAUGGUCUAAAUCUUCCUGGAAAAGGUUUCUAACUAGCUUCGACGGAAACGCAUUUGAUAAAUUAUUCAACGAGAAGCGAACCCGAAUGCGAGCAAUCGAGCAAAGGAUGCAGCGGUAUAUAGAUUUGGAUUUCAGAAAAGGCGUGAGUCAAAAAUUAGGCGAAAUCGAGGCUGGAUUCCGAAAAAUGUAUCGCGAUCAAGAAAACACAGUUGUGGAUCAGCGGAACUUAAUGAUGGAGCUUGGAGCUGAUGUCCAGCGGCUUCUCGACCAGCGCCUUGGUGGUCUUCCUAUGGUCGGGCUUGCUGAAGUGAAAGAUACUUCGCUACCAACUUCGACUUCGACAUCGAUGUUGGCCAUCACAAACUCAGCAGUCCCACUAUCGAUGUCCGUAGUCAGUCCUGGUUCACGCAUCCAUAGCAAACACAACGAGGAACCCUCGGAUAUAGGGGAACGAGAACAUAAUGCGGGCCAUCGCUACAUCAAAAAUGAGAUUGUAAAACUGCUUAACCCGCUGGCAGAUAAGUAUGGGCAAGACAUGAAGAUAGUGACGGCCACUACAUCCCAAGCCUCCCAGGCCAUGAUUAACAUUCGGGUCAAAAACAACAUCACCACCUGGAUUAGGUCAAAUGAAGACGAAAGUCUUUGGAUUCAAGGCCCACAUGAUGUGUCAUGUCCUAGUCUAAACACCUUGACCGCGGUGUGUCUGGUGGCACUCUGCAAUCAACAGAAGAUCCCGUCUGUAUCAUACUUCUGCGAUCUGCGAAUAGAGGAGUUCUCCAAAAGCAAAGUAUUCGAUCAGGAGCAAGAACUAAUGGCCAUGCUAAAAUCAUUGCUCGUCCAGAUGGUUCUGGUGAUGCCGGACGUUGUCGAUAGCCGACUAGAUUUCUCGCAGGCACGAUUCGAAAAAGUUUUACUAGAUUCAGUCUCUUUUGACGAUAUUCUUCAAUUGCUCUGUGAUUUGCGGUGCGUGAGCCCGCCUUAUCUACACUGUGUUAUCAGCGGCAUUGAGGCUCUCGAGGAUCGAGGUAACAGGGAGUACACGAAGACGUUACUCAGAAUGCUUCAUGGAAUCACCAGCAUGCACAGUAGCGUCGUUCCUUCAAGAUCAGGUAGAGGAUUCGAAUUACUUGCCAAAGAUACGGAGCAUCCUCGACCGCGAACGACAAAGAUAUGUUUAACAACCAAUGGCUAUGUGGACACGCUUGCACAACUCGUGGGAGACGACCAACUGCGUAAGAUCGAAUACUCUCAAGAAGCAGGAGAGUCGCUUGAUGAUGAGAGUGUUUCUGUGAUGCGGUAUUGGCAUGAUCAGAUAGAUUAG